GGUCCCGGUCAUAUGAGCGUCAUCAGCGGCUCCGGGGCCGGAGAGCAGCGCGGGGACACCGGAGCGCCAUGUCACCGCCUGUCAGCAGCGAUCUGCCGGCACUAACGGGAGGAGUUUAGGCGCUGGGACCCGGUAGCGACCUCCACACCGACAGAUUGCUGACGACAUGAUCCAGAUGUGACGGUCAGAGUUCUUCCUUGAUCCCGUUCAGUCUCAGUAACCCCAGAACACCAUGAUGUCCAAGUCGGCCCUCCUCAAGGUGAUCCUCCUGGGCGACGGCGGCGUGGGCAAGUCGUCGCUCAUGAACCGCUACGUCACCAACAAGUUCGACUCGCACCUCUUCCACACCAUCGGCGUGGAGUUCCUCAACAAGGAGCUGGAGGUGGACGGGCAGCGCGUCACCCUGCAGAUCUGGGACACGGCGGGCCAGGAGCGCUUCCGGAGCCUCCGCACGCCGUUCUACCGCGGCUCCGACUGCUGCCUGCUCACCUUCAGCGUGGACGACGGCCAGAGCUUCCACAACCUGGCCAACUGGAAGAAGGAGUUCGCCUACUACGCCGACGUCAAGGACCCCGACAAGUUCCCCUUCGUGGUGCUGGGCAACAAACUGGAUGUUUCCGAGCGGCAGGUGUCGGGGGAGGACGCCCGGCAGUGGUGUCGCGAGAACGGCGGACACCCGUACUUUGAGACGAGCGCCAAGGACGCGACGAACGUGGCGUCGGCGUUCGAGGAGGCGGUGCGUCGCAUUCUGGCGUCGGACGACAGAGAUGAUCACCUGAUCCACACCAACACGGUGGACAUACAGAAGAAGAGUCACCCUGAGCCCAGCUGCUGCUGAGGGGCGACCCACAUGGAGGUCACGUGGGGCAGUUUGAGGAACUGGUUGUGCAGCUCCAGCGUGUACUCAGAAUCAACCAAUCUUUGUAUUUGUCAAAUCUUAUGUAUUUUUGCAGCAUCAGGACACAGAAACCUCCUCUGGAUUCCCUUUUAGACAGAAAAUGAUUGAUUUAUGAAGAUGCUAGUUAGUAAAAUAUCAUCCCUGCUGCAGUUUUGCAGAUUUUUUGACAAACCUCAGGAGUUCCCACCACUAGUCGAUGCCUUAAAUUCACACACUGAGCUCAAUUGUUUAAAAUAUGAGCAACUUUUAGGGGUUUUCAGUGAACUCCAAAGUCUCUAAACACAAGAUUUCCUCAUUCAAAGGCCAAAACCCAGCCUUGACGUCACUGAUGGAGCCGUGGCUACGAGUUUCAGCCACAAAAAGAGAAGUCCUGCGGGUGUUUUUUGCGCCACGAGGCGGUUUGAAGUACAAGAGGAACGCUACGCACUCAGGAGACACUAGACAACCAUGUUUACAGCUAGAAUAUCACAAUUUAGCACUAAUUUCCCUUAAACGAAGCAGAAUCCCCAACAUUUUAUGCACAAACUGAAGCUGAAAACAAAAGAAAACAAGACAAAUUAAAAAAAACUUCUUAUUAUAUUGACGUAAUUUUGAUGAUGGACUCAAAAUAAUCAAAUAUUUCCCAUCUGUAGCUGUGACAUCGAGCACGGAAUAUAUGAAAGCAUAUAAACAAUUUAUUCGUUUAUAUUUUUAAUGUGUGUUUUCUGUGAUUGAAAAAUGUUUUGGCAGCGUGAUAGCGUCCAAUCAGAGCUCUUUAAAAUGCUAUCGGUGUGAAAAUGGAAGCUUUUAGAAACUGUUGAUGCCAAAAAACUAACCGAGUGUGUCUCUGAGGAAGAGAAGAAGCGACCCACGGUUGUUUUUCAUGUAACCAGACAGCUGCAGUCAUGCAUUUCCUGUAUUUAAGUAUUUAUUCAUCAGUUGUGGUAACGUCCACAUGACUCUAAUUCACUGGGGACUUCUUUUUUUUUUUUUUACACUGGAAAUAAAACAGCAGCCAACAAUGCAACCGGAUACAAA